AUGUCUUUACUGACGACAUGUGGAGGAUGUAUAUCUCUUUUGAGAAGUUUGGUUCUAUUCCAGAUGAUUUUAUGGAUUGACAGUAAACCUAUAGAUGGUGACCCAGUCUGCUUGCCAUCAACAUUCAGACGUAUUGAAAUCUACACUAAACUUUUGAGUGGGUUUGCUAAUAUAACUACGGAAACGUCCCUGACAGGCUGCUCCGAACAGUGUGCUGGUUUUAGUGGUUGUCAGUCGUUUGGUUUCAACACCAUCAACAAGACAUGUUACCUGUAUAUGGACCGAGUCAAAAUUUCGUCAAGUUCUACGACUGAAGAGGGAAUGGUGUAUUAUUGGUUACUUAGAGACACCUGCCCAGCAUCCUAUUACAAGAAUCCUGAGCUCAGCCUGUGUUUUCUACCAUUUCUGUCUGAUAAGAAACCAGUACUAGAAGCUGAGAAGAGGUGUGAACAAGAUGGCGGACAUUUAAUCAUCAUCGAUUCAGUGGAGAAGGAGAAAUUUUUAGCUGAAUUUCUCACAGUUGACCAAAAACAAGUGAAAAGUUUGGUAGGUGGUGUGGAAUUAGUAGCUAGUACAGAAGACUGGAAGUGGUUUAAUGGUGCCAAUGUAACUAACUGGAAUGUCGACCAACCUGAUAAUUAUAAAGGCAUUGAAGACUGUUUACAGGCUGUUUUUAAACCAAAAACAAAGACUACCGUGUUUAAUGAUACACCUUGUGAGGCUUCGAAAAAACACCGUUUUAUAUGCGAAAUACCUAUAGUGUAAGGGAGGGGUGUUCAACCUUUUUUUCUUUCGCCCAUUUCAAGGUUUUUGGUCAACUCGACACCCCAUAAAGAGCGUCCACAUAACUUAUAAUAUUUAUUUGGUAUAAAGGUUCAUCAACUCAGUAUCCCUUACAAAGUGUCCAAAUCUUUAUUAUGCUAUACACUUUUAUAGAGUCAACAUAGUUAAUACUGUUUAUCAAAUUAUGUCAACUUGGUUGUAUUAAGCUAAUUUAUCAAAAUAAAAACUCUAAUCU